CAAGAUUUCAUCAAUCUCCUUGUUGCAAUCAUCGCGUCAUAGUACUGCCAUAAGCACAGUCAUCCAACACUUUUAUACGCCAUCGCUUCCUCACAUCCUGCAGCUACCGUGUACACCAUCCCCUUUUCACAACCGCAAUGGCGCCUUCGCUAGAGGUUCCCCUGGUGCUCCACCCAGCUGGCCUUGAUACCGUGACCAAGAAAAAUGCCGCCGUGAAGGACAACAAGUUUGGCUAUCAGCCAGGACGCACCGUUGUCGAAACACAUGAGAACUACCAAUACGAAGACCUCCUUCCCUCCUUCCCCGACAUUCGCUGGGCUGCUCUGGAGGAAACCCCCUACGAGGACAGGGGGCUACACGGAGACCCUAAGUUCCGCAACUUGCUCCAAGACGCGACCGAUGUUUUCGACUACAACCCCAAGAUCGGCACGGAAGUCCAUGGAGUCAACUUGGCGAAACUGGACGACGCACAGAAGGACGACUUGGCUCGCUUGGUUGCCAUCCGUGGUGUGGUGUUUUUCCGGGGACAAGAGGACUUGGAUAUCGAUGCUCAACGAGAGCUGGGUAGCCAUUUCGGCAAGCUGCACAAGCAUGCCACCACUUCUGUACCGAAGAAGAAGGGCUUGGAGGACGUCCACGUUGUGUACACUGGAGACAACUCCACCGAUCAGCGAGCGAUGUUCACACCGAGCUUCCUGUGGCACUCAGACGUUACAUAUGAAGUUCAACCACCCUCGUACACAUCGCUGAAGGUCCUGACGGGUCCUCCACGAGGUGGCGGCGGCGACACGCUAUGGACAUCUCAGUACGCGGCUUACGACGCGCUCUCGCCUUUUAUGCAAACAUACCUCAAGAACCUGACUGCCCUGCACUCGGCGGACAUGCAGGCUUCGGACACGCGGGCUCUUGGUCGGACUGUCCGUCGCGAGCCCGUCACAACCGAACACCCUCUCAUCAGAACAAACCCAGUGACGGGCUGGAACAGCCUGUUUUUCAACCCCGGAUUCGUCACGAAGAUCAAGGGGAUCCCCAAGACGGAGAGCGAUGCUAUAAUCAAGUACCUCUCCGAGGUCAUUGCGACGACGCAAGAGAUGCACGCUCGAUUCCAGUGGAACAAGAACGAUGUCGCCAUCUGGGACAACCGCACUACCAACCAUUCUGCAUCUUAUGGCUUCGCACCUCACCGUCGCCAUGCGGUCCGGGUCGCCAGCCACGCAGAGCGCCCUUUCCUUGAUCCCGCAGGGAAGUCCCAGGAAGAGGAAGCCAUCGCUCUCUACAACCUGCCUCCCGUCAACAAGGAUGGCUCUCGGCAGUCCAACUACAACGACUGAUCGGGGUCCAUCUCUUGAACUUUGAAGCGAUUUUUUUUUUCGGGUAUUUCAUUGCUAGCGUUUGCUCGUCAUAGGGUUACGCAAGUGCACAGUUCUCUAAUGAGACCAUGAGAGCUGGCUCUCAGAGGGAGAUUGAACUACAACUGGAGUUUUUUAUAUUAGAAAUUAGCCAUUCUAGCUAGCGAUUUGCUCUGGGUCUUCGGGUGAAUAUCAUGCUUUUUAUAUUUCCAA